GGUGGACGGCGAGUGGGAAGGAGGGGCGGGCGUGCGACGAGUCCUCAGUCCUCGGACUGCGAGUGCGCAGAGGAGUGCAGACGAAGCGACAGUCGAAGCGAUGGACGCCUUGGAGGACGUGUUGAACGCAACGACUGAACGACACGAAGACGACGGAAGUCAACGACAGUGGGUGUCGUCUGUGGACGCGGACACCGCCACUCUUGUGUCCAUCGCUUCCUCGGCAGUCAUUCUGUUGUCGGGCGCCGUCGCCGUCGUCUGUCUUAUCGCUUACAUGAAGCGAACGGAACCGCCGCCGCCGCUCGCACUGCCCUACGCGCCACACGCCCUCACGUGCGUCAAGUGCGGCGCCACUGUCGCCCUUCCCGUCGCGAGCGUCGUCGACGCGCGACCCCUUCCGCCGCUCACUCCGACAGAGAGGCCGAGACUCGCGCCGCCGCCCGAGACCGCGCUCUACGCCAUCAGCGCCGCCGUCGACGACAAGUCGCGCGCGGACUUGGGUUGGGUGGGCGUCAUCUGCGGUCACGUGACGGACGACCAGACGACGACUUACAGCACGAAUUGCAACGACAUUCACUUGCGCGCUCUGACGCCGGGCCAGAGGCCGCCGAAGGGCUCCUCCCACUCCAUGUGUUCGUCCAAUCAGACGAACGAAGAGCUGAUCCGCGUCUUCGCCCGAAACCCACUCCAAUUCGCCGACGAGUUUGAGAGUGAACGCGACGACACGCCUACCGACCCUGGCAUCCGCGAGUUCACGGGAACGCCUCCGCGCGCCAACGAACGGCGUCAGGGAGUCGUCGAACGCAAGCCCGACGACUCGGAGAGCGCGACGACGACCGCCUCCACGACUCCGACGAACACCGAGUACUCGACGCCCGCGACGGCCACUGACCGCCACUUCGGCGCCAUUCCGCGCACUCGCAGUCGUCGGCCCACUUGGAAGCUGUCGUCCGAAUCGCAGACCAUGCGAAUCGACGACGCGUUCGGUCUCUCGUCCGACGACUCUUCGGACGACCAACAGAUGGCGCGCAAGGAGUCCAUCGAAUCAAUCCAUUAUUCCGUCUUCGCGUCCGAGCCGUCCAUUGGUCUCGCCAUCAGUCCAUUCGCGCCGUCCGUCCACCAGCCCUCUCAUACCCAGUUCGUCCUCACGUGCAAAGGCUUCGGAGCGGAACCGAACCUCUUCUCCAAUCUGCGAUGGUUUGAUCCGCGCGGCGAAGAGAUCACCAAAACAUACUCGGAACGCGUGAAUCCCGACAUCCGCGUCGACGAACUGCAAUACGGCGUCAUUUUGCUACACUUCCUGAACCCUCUGCCCGACACUUCCGGUCAAUACCGCUGUUCCGCAACAUUCCAACACUCAGACACUUUCGAAGCCAAGAUUCAAAUCAACUUUUUCCAGGACGUCCAAUGGGAAGACUGUCCGUCCGUUCAGUCCCUCGUUUUGGGCUCUCGUCAGUCGGACGCCAAUCGCAUCCGCUGUAAGGCCACCGCAAACCCCAAACCCAACGUCGUGUGGAGUAAAGACGGCCAACAGUUGGAAAAUGAGCGCAGAUUUCAAAUCGAUUCAAACGGCGUUCAAAUCAAUGACGAGAUCCGCGCCUCCGACGGGGGUGUGUUCCGCGUGCGCGCUCUCGUCACCGAAACGGGACGCAUACAUGACACUUUUAUUACGGUUCAGAUUUUCGGUCAGUUUUGGCGCUCUUUUCGCAUAUUCUUCGCUCACUUUCUCUCCCUUUCAGAGCCGCCACAAGUCGUCCAAUUGGCCGAACAUUUCGAGGGAACCGAAGGCCUCGAGGCAACUCUCAAGUGUUUCGCGAAAGGCGUUCCCCAACCCCUCAUCACGUGGUUGGAUCCCAACAAACGAAACCUCUCGUCGGUGGGCGGAUACGUCGUCGACCGCAACGGCGGCGCUCUCAUAGUGUCGCGCGUACGCAAGGAGGAGGACAGCGGGCAGUUCACGUGCAUCGCGCAGAACACUGCGGGCGAAGAGCGCCGGACGACGACUUUCGUGGUUUUGCGUCCGCCGAGAAUCACGUCUUUCGCGAACAAGAGUUUCGACGCAAACAAGGAAUCGCUUCUCGAGUGUCGCGCUACCGGCGAACCGACGCCCAAACUGUCGCUGCGCCGCGACGGCGACUCUCGCGAACUGACGGCCGGCGACCCGCGCGUGACGCUCACCACAACUCAAGAGCCGAACGAAGAGACGCUUUUGUCGCUCCGAUUGUCGCAAACCCGUCGCGAAGACGACGGCCUCUACUUCUGCAGAGCGAGCAACAGAGGCGGAGUCGUCGAGAGCGCCGGACACCUCGAAGUGCGUUUCGCUCCCGACUUGAGUCGAACGCCGACAACAGUCGUCAAGACUUGGAAUUUGCAGCCAAUCAACAUGACGUGUGUGGCAGACGCCGUGCCGAACGCGACGAUUCGCUGGUGGUUUAGAGGUCAAGACCUGUCCCUCUCUCCCAUUGGCUCGCUUUACACCAUUGAAUCCAAUUCAGCCGGAGUUUCGCGACUUCACGUCAACUCGCGUUCGGCCACAGGAUCAGCGUUCAGAGACAUCUUCGGUCAAUACCGUUGCGAAGCGUUCAACAGUUUGGGCGCCGAUCAGCGCGUUAUCCAAUUAGAGGAAGCCUUUCGUCCGGGCGCUAUUCUGCAGUCGACUCAACACUUGAUAACUCCCACAACAAUCACAUUCCGCAUAAUGGCGCCUUCUUUCGACAGCGGCAUGCCCGUGACGGCCAUUCACGUGCAGUUCCGCGAAGAGGACUCCGAUUGGUCGCAAAUGCGAACCCAGAGGUGGCCGCUCGCGCGCAACCAAGAGCUCUACUUUCUCGAAGGCCUUCGACCGCGAACGCGAUAUCUCUUCCGCUUCGCCGCAGAAAACGCCGUCGGAGUCGGCGACUUCUCCGUCGAGCGCCAGGUGCGCACUGAGCGCGAGUCGCGUCCCGAACGCCCGCGAUUCGCGAACCUUCCGCCCGAAAGGCCUGUCGUCUCGCCGUUCGGCCGGAACUUCGGCGUCACGUGGACUCUGCCGCCGGACAACGGCCGACGCAUCAAGUAUUUCGAACUCAAGUAUUAUCGCGUGUUGCCGACGGACAACGACUACGAGGUCGCCUCUGACGUCACGACGACCACCGUCUCGAUGAACGACCAGUCGAUGACGUCAUACACGCUGAAGGAGUUGCGGUCAAACACUUACUAUCGCCUCGAACUGCGCGCUUACAAUGAGUUGGGCUUUUCGGACGUCGAGUCUCUCGUCUUCAAGACUUCCGCCGACGACCGUUCGCCCGAAGACAACCUCUUAUACGACGACACGACGUCUGCGCCGACGCUCUCCGUCGGACUCAUCGCCGGCGUCGCCGUCGCACUUAUCGUCGUUCUGUUGGUCGCAAUGGACGUCGUCUUCUUCACGCGCUACAAAGUGGGCGCCAUCUACUUCUUGUCGCAACAUGUGUUCGCGUCGCGCGCGCGCACCGCCACUGUGGCCAAGACGGCGGGCGCCGCCCCGCCCCUCAGCCAUUCGUCGAUGACUUCGCGCGCGAAACAAAACGUCCAUUCGGUCGACAAUCCGGCCUUCGAAGGCCAAUCGGCGCUCUUCGACGACCAGAGCGCGCCCUUCAUUGGACAACAGCUGCGGCCGUCGCGCGCCGCCAAAGACAGCGCCGUUUGAAACCAAAGACACAAAUGUUUUACACGUUUUUAGAGUUUUUACUAAAAAUAAAUUAUUCUUCACUCCGA